AUGGUCAAGGCCGUUGUUGCUGGCGCCUCUGGCGGUAUCGGACAGCCUCUGUCUCUCCUCCUCAAGCUCUCUCCUCUUGUCGACGAGCUUGCCCUCUACGAUGUCGUCAACACCCCCGGUGUCGCCGCUGACCUUUCCCACAUCUCCUCCCAGGCGAAGAUUGCCGGAUACCUGCCCAAGGAUGACGGCGCAAAGGCCGCCUUCAAGGAUGCUGACAUCAUUGUCAUUCCUGCCGGUAUUCCUCGCAAGCCCGGCAUGACUCGCGAUGACCUCUUCAACAUCAACGCUGGCAUCGUCAAGGGCUUGAUCGAGGUCGCCGCUGAGGUUGCUCCCAAGGCUUUCAUCCUUGUCAUCUCCAACCCUGUCAACUCUACCGUUCCCAUCUCCGCCGAGGUCCUUAAGGCCAAGAAUGUCUUCAACCCCCAGCGCCUCUUUGGUGUGACCACCCUCGACAUUGUCAGAGCCGAGACCUUUGUCGCCGAAAUUUCCGGCAAGUCUAAGCCUCAGGAGCUGACCGUCCCCGUCAUCGGCGGCCACUCCGGCGAGACCAUUGUUCCCCUCUUCAGCAAGGUCUCCCCCUCUGUUACCAUCCCCGACGACAAGUAUGAUGCUCUUGUCAACCGUGUCCAGUUUGGUGGCGACGAAGUUGUCAAGGCUAAGGACGGCGCUGGAUCCGCCACUCUUUCUAUGGCCUACGCCGGCUUUAGAUUUGCGGAGAAGGUUCUCAGGGCUGUCAAGGGCGAGAAGGGUCUUGUUGAGCCUAGCUACGUCUACCUGCCUGGCGUCCCUGGCGGCAAGGAGAUUGCCGCCAAGACUGGCGUCGACUUCUUCUCCGUUCCCAUCGAGCUUGGUCCCAACGGUGCCGAGAAGGCUGUCGACAUCCUUGGAGACAUUACGGACAAGGAGAAGACACUGCUGGAGGCCGCUGUUAAGGGUCUGAAGGGCAACAUUCAGAAGGGUGUUGACUUUGCUCACAACCCCCCUCAAAAGUGA